AAGAGACACACACACACACACACACACACACACACACACACACACACACACACACACACACACACACACACACACACACACACACACACACACACACACACACACACACACACACACACACACACACUCACACACAAUUUUUCCACCGUACUUUCUGUGAAAACUCUUGAAGACGUUGGUCAUCCACUUGUAAUCCCAUUGUGAUCCGGCGUGUAAUCCCAGUAGGAUCCGCAGGGGGCGCUGGUGUAAUCUGAACGCAUGGAGGGAAUAUAUCGGUCCUCCGGCUGAGGAAGAGGAAGUUCACAGGAAGUGACGUGUAUUAGUCCGGUGUGUUUCUGUAGCCACAGAAUAUCAACUUCAGGAUUUAUAAACCCUUGAUUAGUGACGUGUGUGUUGAGAUAUAAACGGACGAAUGUUAACCGGGAGAUUAAAGAAUGUUAACGAGCGGCGUUAGUUUGGUCUGUUUGCUCAUGCCACCAGUUAGCUUGUAGCUAACCUGCUCCGAGGGCAUCGAACCCGCGACCCCCUGAGCCCCGGCAUGGGACCUGAUCUGGGAACAGAGGCCCUCCCCCUGCCCUCGCUGCGCCUGCUGGUGUCCCCCCUGCAGCUGAGCGUGGCGGUGAUGUGGCGGGUGCUCCACCGGCUGGAGGUGCAGCACUACUGGGCGGUGGCCCGCUUCGUGGGCCUUCUGCUGGAGGCGGUCCCCGAGCUGCUGCUGGACCCCCACUGGACCCCGCUGGGCAUCGGCCUGCGGGCCAAGUAUAUCCUGGAGCUGUGUCAGGCUGACCAACCUGUGGACCCAGAGCAGAUUAGGGCACUCCUGGAUACGGUCGCUAGGCCGCACCCCCCAAGAGCUAGACAGGUGAGCUCACCUCGCCCUCUGCACGGGAGGGAACGAGUCGGAGGAUUUCAUUCAAUACGACUGCGGUACAAGCGCACAACAACAUGGUAUUUAUCAUCAGACGCACAACGCAUCAUCGUUCAAAACAAACACACACAAGACAUAUUUAGUGGAAUGUGUAUCUCUUGAGUGUCAUACAAACUCUCUACACUGACAACCAUCUCCUCCACCAUCACACACGCCUCCUUAGUUUAGCCUGUGGUUCAGCCUUUUAUCUGUUUAACAUACUGUGCAUAUACCUCCUGGGGUUUGCGUUUUAAGAUCUUAAUUGAUAAUCAGGUGGAACUCAUUUGAUGACCUGAUUGUUGUUGUAGGAAGAGGAGGAGGAGGAGGAGGAGGGGCCUGUGGAGGCUAACUUUGUGGAGCUGGUCCACACGAUGCUCAAAGACCCGGAGGUUAAACAGCACUUUUUCAGGGAGGUGUUCCCAGUGGCGUACGGUCCGGACUACGACCAGGACCUCCUCACCCUGUUUGAAGAGCUCCUCUACCGACUGGCCCAGUUGCUCCCGGUCCCUGACCUCGGACAGACGGUGUCGUGGCUGGGCAGCAGCAGCAGCUCUCUCCUGGACGACUGCUCCGUCUCCUCCACCCACCUGAGAGGUUUACUGCAGCACCACCGACAGCUGGGUCACCUGGAGGAGCACGUUCCUCCCUCCUCUAUGGGCAACUGCAUCCUGUCCUCCCUGGCCGGCCCGCCCCCAGCCAGGCCCCACAGCCAAUCAGCUUCACCGCAGCGCCUCGGGGACCAUGGCCCAUUCGCCGACGGAGCGGCCGAGGUCGUCAUGGUGACGGACUACGCCGAGGUGGAGCUCGGCACCACUGGCCACCCGCCGGAAGAGUGCGUGGAGGAGGUCGUCACGGAGACGGAGGUCGAGACGGAGGUCGUCACGGAGACGGAGGAGGAGGGGGCUCCGACGGAGGAAGACCCCGCCUUCCCCGACGAGAUGAAACAGGAACAGGAAGAGGCGGCGGCGGCGUCCCCGGCCCGCCCCCACGUCUGCCCCGACUGCCCGAAGCGGUUCCGCUUCGCCUCGUCGCUCACCGCCCACCGGGUGGUGCACACCCGGGAGCGCCCCCACCGCUGCCCCGCCUGCGGCCGCUGCUUCUCCUUCCGCCAGUCGCUGGACCGCCACAGGCACACGCACGAGACGGCCCCCGGGACGGCCACGCCCCAAAGCGAACACGAGACGGCCCCCGGGACGGCCACGCCCCAAAGCGAACACGAGACGGCCCCCGGGACGGCCACGCCCCAAAGCGAACACGAGACGACCGCGGCCCUGAGCGAGCACGAGACGGCCACGUCCCAGACGGUCACGCCCCAGACGGCCACGCCCCAAAGCGAGCCACAGGCGGCCACACCCCAGACGGUGCCUGGCAGCGGCGGCCGGGACGCCCGCUCGCUCCGCGACAGGAAGUUGAGCUGUGAGCCGGCGCCGGCGGACCCUGAGAGUUCCGGCGGGGAGCCGCCGCCCCCCCGGGUGAAGCAGGAGGCGGGGGCGGACGGAGACGACGACGACGGCGGCGGUGGUGAGCGGGUGGGGUCGGGGGCCGGGCGGGUGGAGGCCCUGGCUCCGGCGCUGGUGGAGCGGGUGGUGUCCCUGGUGGCGGUGCGGAGCAGCGGCCGCAAGAGGAAGCCCACCAUGAAGGUCCAGGUCAUCAACCUGCAGAGGAGCCUGGGGAGGGGCGGGGCCAGCCUGGGGGCGGAGCCUAAGAAGCGGAAGCAGGGCGGGGCAGCUGCGCCCUUCUUCAGCUCGGAGCACUCGUACGGUUCCGCUGAGGGCCUCCCGGGUUCCGUGGCGGCCGAGGGUGAAGACGGUGCGGAGGGCGGCUCCUCUCAGGUCCUCGGCGGCCCAGCCGCAGACCCGGUCCUCCAGGCUCCUCUUCCCGGCGUUCCCGGUUGUCAGGACGACGCGGACGACGGCCCCGCCGCCGACCUGCGGGAUGGCCGCUUUGGCUGCCCCGACUGCGCCAAGAGCUUCCGCUUCCGCUCGCUGCUGGCGUCGCACCGCCGCGUCCACACGGGCGAGCAGCCCUUCCUCUGCCCGGCGUGCGGCCGCCGCUUCUCCUUCAAGCAGUCGCUGGAGCGCCACCGCCGCACGCACGGACCCGGGCCGCCCGCCUCCCCCGCCGAGCUGCGGGACCCCGGGGGGGGCCGCCCGGACGCCGGGGGCGGGGCCUUCCUCUGCUCCCGCUGCGGGCGCUCCUUCAGCGCCAAGUCGGCGCUGCUCCGGCACGCCAGGACGCACGGCGAGGAGACGCCGACGGGGCCCUCCGGCGUGGCCCCGCCCCCCGGGGAGCAGCAGGAGGCGCUCCACACCUGCGACUGCGGCAAGUCGUUCCCGUACCGCGCGGCGCUCACGGCCCACCAGCGCGUGCACCGCGAGGAGCGGCCGCACGCCUGCGCCCACUGCCCCAAGCGCUUCCUGUACCGCGGCGGGCUGACGAGCCACGCCAAGACGCACUGCGACGACAAGCCCUUCGCCUGCUCCUUCUGCGGCAAGAGCUUCAAGCGCGAGCGCAACAUGAAGAAGCACGAGCGCUGCCACACGCGGGACGGCGUGUUCCGCUGCUCGCAGUGCGACAAGAGCUUCGUGUACAAGGCCACGCUGACGCGCCACGAGCUGACGCACUCGGGCGAGCGCCCCUUCCUCUGCUGCGACUGCGGCAAGGGCUUCUACUCGCACGCCGAGUUGCUGAAACACGAGCGCUUCCACACGGGCCACAAGCCCUUCCAGUGCCCCUUCUGCGGCAAGCGCUUCACGCAGUCCUGCUACCUGACCAUCCACGUGCGCUACCACACGGGGGCGCGGCCGUACGCGUGCCCCGACUGCGACAAGAGCUUCAUGAGCGCCAACCGGCUGAAGAGGCACCAGCGCACGCACACCGGAGAGAAGCCCUACCUGUGCCCCGAGUGUGGACGGGGCUUCAGGCAGUCCUACCACCUCAAGGUGCACCUGAGGACGCACGCCUACGCCUAGGACACGCCCCCUCCCCUGAGGACCCAUGUCUAGGGUACACCCCCGCCAGCACCCCUAGGGUUCACCGCCUACACCUAGGCCACGCCCCCCACUCGCAACCGUGGGGGUCAGAGGUCAUCAAGCUAACACUGAAGAAUGAGUUUCUAUUAAACAUGAUUCACUACGUC